UUUUUUCUGUUCAUAAAACAGAAACCAAAAAUAAUCCAAAUACCAAAAAACCAAAAACAGAACCUAGAAACCACACCAAAAAAAAGAAGCUAUUUCAUCAAACAAACAAAACUCACAUCACAAAUCAAAAACAAAAAAGAAAGGCAGUACUAAAGAAAAAGUAUAUAAACAAGAAUCAUCGAAAAGAAGAAUCGAAAUCAUCAUAACAUUUUGUUUCUCUUCUUCUUUUAUUUUUAUAAAUAUAUAUUAGUUCUUUGAGAAAAAAAUCUGUAGAAGACAAAGAAUUCUUCUUUAAAACAAAGAAAAAUGACGGACCCCCACACUGCCCGGACGAUCGUCGGAAUCAUCGGAAACGUGAUUUCUUUCGGCUUGUUCUGCGCUCCAAUACCAACGAUUAUGAAGAUAUGGAAGAUGAAAUCGGUGUCGGAGUUUAAGCCAGAUCCAUACGUCGCUACAGUUUUAAACUGCAUGAUGUGGACAUUUUACGGACUUCCUUUCGUCCAGCCCGACAGUCUCCUCGUCAUCACCAUUAAUGGAACUGGUCUUUUCAUGGAACUCGUUUACGUCACCAUCUUCUUUGUCUUCGCUACCUCCCCUGUCCGCAGAAAGAUCACAAUAGCUAUGGUAAUCGAGGUGAUAUUCAUGGCGGUGGUGAUCUUCUGCACAAUGUAUUUUUUGCAUACAACAAAGCAGAGAUCUAUGCUUAUUGGGAUCUUGUGCAUUGUUUUCAACGUCAUCAUGUAUGCUGCUCCUCUCACCGUCAUGAAACUUGUGAUAAAGACAAAGAGCGUGAAAUACAUGCCGUUCUUCCUGUCAUUAGCCAACUUCAUGAACGGUGUCGUUUGGGUCAUUUAUGCAUGUCUUAAAUUCGACCCCUAUAUUUUGAUUCCAAAUGGUCUUGGAUCGCUAUCAGGAAUAAUCCAGCUUAUAUUAUACAUAACUUACUAUAAAACAACUAAUUGGAACGAUGAAGAUGAAGAUAACGAAAAGCGCUAUUCGAAUGCUGGAAUCGAACUUGGCCAGGCUUGAUAAUUGCAGCUAGCUUCAUCGUCGACGGUGCUUCAUCGAUAGGUUAAGAUAGAAUCAGAAGUGAGGUGAAGUUCUUAUUACUAUUAUUAUGUGGAAGCUUAUGAAGAAAAAAAAUGAAAAAGUGGAACCCCAAAGUUACGAAGUUUUCUUGUGUAGGAAGAAAGGGGUUUUCACUUUUUUGUUGGAAUGAUUAUAACUUUCGCAAGUUGAAUCUAUGUAAUUUGUUACAAUUUUAGUUUUAAUCGAAGUUUAUUAGAUUACUUUAUAA